AUGUCCGCGAACCCCGCCCAGCCACGGUUUGGCUGUUACAUCGGUAACAUCGACCGCUCCGUGACGCUGGAGAUGCUCAAGCAGGUGUUCUGCCAGUGCGGUACCAUCAUCGACUGCUCCCUCAACGGCCGCGAGGAGGACCCUUACCGAUACGGUUUCAUUGACUUCGCCACCGAGGACGACCGCGCACGGGCGAUGAAGUACAACGGCUACACCCUCGUCGGCCGAAAGCUGAAGGUGGGCGUGAGCAAAGGCAAUGUGAAUAAGCCGGAGGGGUAUAACAAUACUAAUACUAAUAAUAGUACAACUAAUCGGGGAGGGGUGAAUCUAGGAGGCACCGGGGUGGGAACCGGCAGGGUGGGGGUAGGAAUGAACACGGCUGGAGCAGGCGGUAGCGGGAUCGGAGCGGGGAUCGGCACUGCUCCGAGCGCGCUACAAACGGGUGCGGCUGCGGGCGGAAAUGCUGCUUCCGGCGGUGGCCUUGCUCCUGCGCAACAAAUGGAGGCGCAGCUGUUGCUCCAGCUCAUCCAGCAGGGCUCGUUGGAUACCGCAAACCUGACGGAAUCGCAGCGCGCGCUGCUGCUGGCGGUGCUGCCGAACACCGGUGCAGCGGUUGGUGCUGCCGCUGCCGCUGCAGCGAUCCCGAUGCAGCCGAUGAAUCUUCUCCAGCCCCCGCUCUUCGGCGCGCCGAUGUGGGGGGCGAUGAUGGGAAUGCCGUCGCAGGGGAUGAUGCCUAUGAAUCCAGCGAUGAUGGCGGCAGGGCGAAGUGGCAACGCGGCAGGCUUUCACCGAGGCCCUGCGAACCCAUCGCCUUCGGAGGAGACGCUAAAACUUCGCGAGAUUCAGCGGAAGCAGUUCCUCAAAGUCAUUCGUGAGGAAACCGAGGCGUAUGAGAAGAAGCUGCAGGAGCGGAGUGCGAAGGAAGGGCGGCUGUCUGGUGGCAGCGAUGACGGCGAGGGCAGCAGCGGCUCGGAAAGCGACAGCGGGAAGCCGUUGAAACGGAGGAGAGCCGAUAAAUCAGGAGGUGGAAUUAGCGAUGAAGGUGGUGAGGAUGAGGCUGAGACAUCACGUAAAGAUUAA